AGGGAGGGAGGAAGAGGAGGGAGGGAAGUUGCGCGGGAUGAAGUUGCGGGGAGCGCGGCCCCCCGCGCCGCCCCGCCAAGUUUCUGGCGGUCCCCGCCCGCCGAGCGGAGCCGCAGGUGCCCGCGGGCUGCCGAGUGUCCCCGGCGCCGCCCGCGGCGGAGGCGGCUCGGUCCGCGCGUCCCCCGGCGCGCUCGGGGCGGGCAGAGCCGCGCGGCUGCGGUGAUGGAUGCGGGGAUGGCGGAGCGGGGCUGCCCGGAGCCCCGCCGCCCUCCCAUUGUUAUCCAGGGCCGGUGUGCGGGGCCGGUGCGGGGGCUCGGCCAGCCCUGAGCGCCGGGAAGGCGGGCGGUACCGGGCCGUGCUGCUCGGACCGGGCAUGGAUGCGGCGGCGGGGCCGCGGCUCCUUUGUGGCUCCGGGCAGGUCACGGCCGCCGUAUCCCACCGUGGCACCCUCGGUCUGUGAAAUUCCCGGUGACUGCACUUAGUAAGAGAAGCAAGGAGGCUGAGACGGCUUUCCUGAGCGUUCACAAGCGAUUGCUGGAAGCUCCAGGUAAGCAGCGCAGCGGCGACCUGGCUGCCUAGCGAGUGGCGUGCCGGUGCCCAGAGGAGCCAGCGAGGACCGCGGCACCGUCCCCGGCACGGCUGGCACCGUCCCCGGCACGGCUGGCACCGUCCCCGGCACGGCUGGCGUCGCCGAGCGCGGCCGGCGCAUGGUGCUCUGGAGAUCCCGGCCGAAGAGAGGAGAGGAAGCAGCUCCUGCCAUCGCUGUGUUUCAGCCCCUGAGCCAAAUGCAUCUUGACGUUAGGAAAGGAAUACAUUUGCUCAGCCCGUGUAGUAACACCGCGGCUAUUCCCACUUGUCUGUUUGACGACCCCGCUCCUGUGCUGGAGGCUGCCCGGAGCCUGGAGGAUCGGCUGCAGCAGCUCCAGCGCCUCGAGCCCGAGCCGCCGCCCCUGCAGGAUCUCAGCCGGCCCUGGAAGAAGCACCCGGAGCUCGGCGGCACCAAAGAGCGCAGGGAGGGCAAGUCGCCGGCAGCCGAGCCCCCGCUCCCUGGCCCCGACGGCAAAGCGCCGAGCACAGAGACCUCGCUGCAGAGAAAUGAGGCGGACAAGCAGAAGGGCCUGCAGGAAGCUCAGGUCACCUUGGCCGCUCGGCUGGGGGAGGCAGAGGAGAAGAUCAAAGUGCUCCACGCAGCGCUGAAGGCCACCCAGACAGAGCUGCUGGAGCUGCGCUGCAAAUACGACGAGGAAGCGGCAUCCAAGGCAGACGAAGUGGCCAUGAUCAUGACAAACCUUGAAAAAGCCAACCAGCGGGCGGAGGCGGCGCAGAGGGAAGUGGAGAGUUUGCGGGAGCAGCUGGCAGCCGUCAACAGCUCCCUGCGCCUGGCCUGCUGCUCCCCGACGGGCAGCACGGGGCAGGACAAAGUGAACUAUUCCAUGUGCUCAGGGUCGAGGUUGGAGGCAGCUCUGGCUGCCAAGGACCGGGAGAUCCUGCGGCUCCUGAAGGACGUCCAGCACCUCCAGAGCUCUCUGCAGGAGCUGGAGGAGUCCUCUGCCAACCAGAUCGCCGAGCUGGAGGGGCAGCUGGCCGCCAAGAACGAGGCCAUCGAGAAGCUGGAGGAGAAGCUGCAGGCACAGGCAGACUACGAGGAGAUCAAAACGGAGCUGAGGUACGGCGUGACCGGCACCCGUGGCUCCCUGGCCGGUGUCCCCGCUGGCCGGGUGCUGCCGCGCUCCCACAGCCGUGACGCUCGGCCACGGUCACCCCCUUGUCUCCCUCCCAGCAUCCUGAAGGCAAUGAAGGUGGCCUCUGCCGGCUGCAGCCUCCCCCAGGCAAGUGCCAAGGCGCGUCCCGAGGCGCUGGCCGGGCUGUGCCAGCCCUGCCCACGGUGCCUCCGCCGCCUGUCCCCAUCUCGGCUUGGCUCCUUGCAGAGCAUCUCGAAGGCGGAGGAGGCCCUGCUGCUGGGGAAGGAGGCUUUCUACCCCUCCCAGAAGUACCUGCUGGAGAAGCCCAACCUGCUGGCCAGCACUGAGGAGGAUCACUCCGAAGAUGAGUCGGGGAAGGAUCCACUGGGCAUGGAGCAGCCGUACCCGUCCCCCCACCACGCCCCGGCCGAUGACCCCGUGUCCCCCACUCCCCUCCCGCCGCUGCCUGGCCCUGGCAUGGCCCCCGAUGGUCCCCGGACUUUCUCGCUGUCCCCCUUCCCGGGGGGCGAGCGGCUUUCAGGGGACCCCAAGGCCCCCCACCUCCCGCUGCCCAGCUACAAGAGCGAGAGCGGCAGCGGGGCACCGCCCUUCCCCUCCUCCUUCUUCGGGGCCAAGAGCAGCACCGCACACCCCGUCCCCGUGCCGGCCGCCAGCGCCACCAGCCCGCCCGGCGAGCCCUCCGAGGGCAGCGCCGGCAGCUCCGGCGAGGAGGAGCAGCUGGACACGGCCGAAAUCGCCUUCCAGGUGAAGGAGCAGCUGCUGAAGCACAACAUCGGGCAGAGGGUGUUCGGGCACUACGUGCUGGGGCUGUCACAGGGCUCUGUCAGCGAGAUCCUGGCGCGGCCCAAGCCCUGGCACAAGCUGACGGUGAAGGGCAAGGAGCCGUUCAUCAAGAUGAAGCAGUUCCUGUCCGACGAGCAGAACGUGCUGGCCCUGAGGACAAUCCAGGUGCGCCAGAGAGGUAGCAUCACGCCGCGGAUCAGGACACCGGAGACCGGCUCCGACGACGCCAUCAAAAGCAUCCUGGAGCAGGCAAAAAAGGAGAUUGAGUCGCAGAAGGGAGGGGAGCCCAAGACUGUGUCAGCGUCGCAGGCGGUGGCCAACGGGGCGGGCAGCAGCUCGGAGGACGCCAUCAAGAGCAUCCUGGAGCAGGCGCGGCGGGAGAUGCAGGCGCAGCAGCAGGCGCUGCUGGACAUGGAGUCGGCGGCCGGUGGGCGCGGCGGGGACACGGCACCCUCCGAGCGCUCCACGCUGGCCACCGUCAGCCAGAACGUGGCCCCCGCCUACGUCAAGCAGGAGGAGGGCGGCGGGACCAGCCCCGGCCCGCCACAGACACCCCUGGCCGUGCUGUCCCCCGCCGCCUUCGUGCAGAGCAUCAUCCGCAAGGUGAAGUCGGAGAUCGGCGACGCCGGCUCCUACUUCGACCAGCACUGGGCGUCGGAGCGGAGCCUGCUCAGCCGGCCCUACACCUCCGUGUCGCCUUCGCUGUCCUCGUCCUCCUCCAGCUACUCCAGCAUGGCCAACGGCCGGGGCUGGCCGCGGGGCGAGCCCGGCGAGGGCGGCACCAACGAGGACGAGCUGCAGCCGGCGGAUGAGGAGCCGCAGCGGCUGUCGGAGAUGAAGGCGGAGGGAGCCGGCGCGGAGCCGGCGGCUGGUGGGCGUCUGUCCUACUACCCCACGUACGUGCCACGGACCCUGAAGCCGACGGUGCCACCGCUGACGCCGGAGCAGUAUGAGAUGUACAUGUACAGGGAGGUGGACACGCUGGAGCUGACCCGGCAGGUCAAGGAGAAGUUGGCCAAGAACGGCAUCUGCCAGAGGAUCUUCGGAGAGAAGGUGCUGGGACUGUCCCAGGGCAGCGUGAGUGACAUGCUGUCACGGCCCAAACCGUGGAGCAAGCUGACGCAGAAGGGUCGGGAGCCCUUCAUCCGCAUGCAGCUCUGGCUGACAGACCAGCUGGGCCAGGGGAUCAGCCAGCAGCCCACACCCUCCCAGGCCAGCCCGGCGGAACCCCAGCCGUCCCCCUCGCCGCCCCCCAGCCCUGCCGAGCACGAGAAGGGCUGCCAGGAGCCCCUCACGCUGGCCCUGGAGAGCAGCAAGGAAAACCAGCAGCCUGAGAGCCGCUCGACGCCUGCGCUGGGCGGGAAGACCUAUCCCAACAGCCAGGGGCCCGUGGGCAUCCAGGAGAUCGUCGCCAUGUCCCCCGAGCUGGACACCUACUCCAUCACCAAGAAGGUCAAGGAGGUCUUGACGGACAACAAUUUAGGCCAGCGGCUGUUCGGGGAGAGCAUCCUGGGCCUGACGCAGGGCUCGGUGUCCGAUCUCCUCUCCAGGCCCAAGCCGUGGCACAAGCUGAGCCUGAAGGGGAGGGAGCCCUUCGUCCGCAUGCAGCUCUGGCUCAACGACCCCCACAACGUGGAGAAGCUGCGUGACAUGAAGAAGCUGGAGAAGAAGGCCUACCUGAAGCGCCGGUACGGGCUGAUGAGCGCCGGCUCGGACAGCGAGUCCCCCGGCGGCCGCUCCGAGUGCGCCAGCCCCGGCGCGCCGCCGCAGGACCUCAGCCUGCUCCAGAUCAAGAAACCACGGGUGGUGCUGGCGCCAGAGGAGAAGGAAGCCCUGAAGAAAGCCUACCAGCUGGAGCCAUACCCCUCCCAGCAGACCAUCGAGCUGCUCUCCUUCCAGCUCAACCUCAAGACCAACACCGUCAUCAACUGGUUCCACAACUACAGGUCACGGAUGCGCCGAGAGAUGCUGGUGGAGGGCGCGCAGGACAACGACACGGACCCGGAGCAGAGCGGCGGGACAGCCACCCCAGGGCGCCGGGCCCCCCACAGCCCCGACUCGGACACGGAGGACCACAAACCUGUGCUGGUGGGGGGCGAGCCCCCCUGCGCCGCCGUGCCCGUGAAGGUGAAGGAGGAGCAGGGGGAUCCGGGCGGCUGGAGCCGCCGGCGGGACUCGCGCAGCCCGGCCGGAGCGGCCGAAGGGACCGGACCUCCCCAGGAGGAGCGGGGGGCAGCCCCCCACGCCGCCACCCCCAGCGCCGGCAGCCUCCCCCGGCGGGGAGGCCACGCUGGGGGACCUCCACCGCCACCACCGCCGCACCCCGACAGCUCCCAGUCCUCCGCGGGCUCCUCCCGUUGCAGCUUAGUGGUGUCCCCGACAUCGCCCUCGGCGGCUUCCUCGCCCGGCCUCACCGGCUCGGCGUCACCAGGACCAUCCUCUGCCGGGCCGGUCUCGCCGGCGCUUCCACCGGCUCCCGGCCCCCGGCUCAGCACCAGCGUGCAGCGGCGCCACGAGAAGAUGGCCAACCUCAACAACAUCAUCCACCGCCUGGAGCGGGCUGCCAACCGCGAGGAGGCCCUCGAGUGGGAGUUUUAACCCCCUCUGCCACCCUAAAUAUAUAUAUACACCCCCACACAUAUAUAUAUAUAUUUUGAUAAAUGCAGUGUGCGCCGAGAGGUGAUGAGUGGCCGGUGCCACGGAAGAGGAGCACCUGAGGAAAAGAGGGGAUUCCCCCCCUCUGUGAAGCCACCCCACCCCUCUGGCUUUGUUUUAAAUGUGGAAAAACUGGGAACAAUUUUAGAAAAGAAAAAACAAAACAAAACAAAACAAAAAAAAAAAAAUCAAAAAAUAUUUAUAGACCUCUUUUAGAUAUUUUAAUAAAAGGAUACUUUGGAAUUUAUUAACAGCUUAAGCUGCUUUGAUAUUAAAGAUAGCUAUAAAAUCAAGAUGAUGUAGCAGUCGUGUCAUUAAAUGUACACUGAAGUCUUGUAGUUUGCCACUGGAUGAGAUUAAAAACAAAUAAACAACAACAACAAAAAAUCAAACAAAAAGAAAGAAAAACAACCCACAGAAAAGACUUUUUGAGCAAAGCCAUCAAGAAGCACUAUGAGACUGACCAAAUUUGAGAAACUUUUGCAGUUUCCACCCCUGUCUGUAAGACACUGCAUCGCUUCUGCCCCAGCCAGAGACUGCGUCCUAGUCCCUGAAGACUCUAAAGCCCCGACGCCAUCGAGUAUGUAUUUAGUUCUGGUGGUUUAUGUUUUUGGAAGCCUUUGUAACACAGAAUGUCCCGUGCGGUUGUGUAUGUUGUAGAAAUGUCUGCAAUAGCCUUCUGGAACAAGAUGUAGCAUGGUCCCAACGCCGUCCCUGGCGCUUCCUCCACCCGGAGGCCGGUGGCAGCUCCCACCCGGCGCGGUGCCGCUCGUGGCAGCUCCCAAAGGAAGAGAGAAAAGGAGGCAAAAGCAGAGGAAGCAGCCUGAGCUCGGGGUUUUGGGAGAGGGGUGGGAAAAUGUACCUGGGUGUGAUGUUUGAGGGUGGUGCCAGCUCGCUGGGGAUGGACAUCUGUGGCAUGCUGGUUCCCCGUCCAUUCAGGAAAGAAAAAAAUGGAGCCUCUGGGGCAGCUGUGCUUGAGGUGAGCGCCCAAAAAUCAUGAUCUACAUACUCACAGGCUGAGCCCUGCCCGGGGCUGCUCCAGCAUCACAGCCAGCUCUUGGGGCUGAAGCACUUUUUUAGGGAGAGUGCCUGGGCAGGAGGAGCAUCCCCUUCCUGCAGCCAUGUCCCCAGGUGGGGGAUGUCAGUGGUGCCAGGAUGAGCUCUGGGAUGUCACAUCAGGCUCCUGCCUGGACUGGGCAAGCUCAGCCCUGAUCUGGGCAAAGCACCACUGAGCUUUGGUUUUGCAGGGCUGAUCCUGUGCAGACACAGGAGCUCAGUGGUGGCACCAGCCCAGUGUGCUCCCUGUCACCUCCCUGACCCCACCGCCUCCCGCUGGCCCCACUAAAAAAAUGCCUUUAAACGAUGUGGAGUGUCCCACGCUGGGCUGCUCUGCCCUGUCCCCUGCCCACACGGCAUCAGCCAUCGCCCACCAAGGCCCUGCCAGGCUCCUGGGCGAUGCAUUGACUGAUUUUCCACUGCAGACGUUUUUAUCAGAAUAGAAGGUAUUUUUAUACUCGGGUGGAAGUGGACGAGCAAUGCUGGGUGAGGGCACGGCUCUCCUUGCCUGCCUCCCCUGCCCUGAUGAGCCCCGGGGUGCCCACGGCUGCUCUGCCACCAGGCUGUGGGAGGUGGAGGUGUGACCACUGCCUGCCUUCUCCGGUGUGUGCUAGAGGGAGCUUUACUGGGAUGGGAUUUGAGGAAGCACUUAGGAUAGUCCUGAGCACGGCAAUCCUGUUGUAUGAAAGCCAGCGGGACACACCGGUCACGUUUUUGUUAGGCUCAUGUUCUGUACUUCAAAAGUUUCUAUGAGAUCGAUGAACUUUGUUUAACAAUUUUGGAAGGAACAAGUUCUGUAAAGAGCCACUAAAUACAGAAGUUGGAUACGACUCUGGCCUUGGGGUGUGUUUUGUCCGGAGGUGGUGGAAUGGGAACUCCUCUCACAUUUGCCCGGUGCCUGGUGUUGGCACCCUUGUAAGUCACAGCUUUGCUCUGGGAUUGUGGCAAGAGCUCUCUUUAUCCCAGUGAUUGGAGGAUAAAAAAAGAGGAUGUUAAAUGGGAUUAGUCCAGCUCAGGUGUGAUCCUGCCCCAUGACACUCCUGUGCUCAUCCCUGCUGCAGGUUUGCUCCUGCCUCUGGGGUAGCUCAGCAUCCUCCAGUGUGAGUUUCGGCUUGGUUUAUCAUAAAAUCAUCAUUUCCUGGAAUGGUUUGGGUUAGAAGAGACCUUAAGGAUCAUCUUAUUCCAACCCCAUGCCAUGGGCAGGGACACCUUCCACUAGACCAGGCUGCCCAAAGCCCUGUCCAGCCUGGCACUGCCGGUGGCUCUUUCUCAGAGCUGGGCAAGCCGGCAGCUUCUGACACGAGGCAG